CGCAAGAUGUCGUCGACUACUACGCUUCGCAGCUUGAAUAUCAAUAAUAUCAACCCACAUAUUAAGGAGGCAAAAUAUGCGGUCAGAGGAGAGCUUGCCGUGAGAUCGGAGGAGUACAGAGUCAAGCUUGCCAAGGGUUCCAAAGACCUACCGUUCGAUAAGGUUAUCUCUUGCAAUAUUGGAAACCCGCAACAGCUGGAUCAGAAGCCAAUCACCUUCUUCAGACAAGUAUUGAGCUUGGUUGAAUACCCUCCACUUUUAGAGAAGGAGGACGUCCUGCUGAACCAAUUGGGAUACAAGAGCGAUGUUAUUGAGAGGGCGAGAUGGCUACUGAAGACUGUUGGAUCUGUUGGUGCAUACAGUGCUAGUGCUGGAGCACCAGGAAUCAAGGACAGUGUUGCCCGAUUCAUUGAAGAGCGAGACGGCCACCCCGCAGAUCCUAAGGAUAUCUACCUCUCUGCCGGUGCCUCAUCCGGGGUCAAUACCCUCCUUCACAUCAUUUGUGCCUCGCCAAAGACUGGUAUCCUCGUCCCAAUUCCUCAAUAUCCACUCUACACCGCAUCCCUCUCCGUCCUAAACGCAAAGUGUGUACCAUAUUACCUCGAUGAGUCAAAGGGCUGGGGAACCGAUCUCGAAGCAAUUAAGGGAGCAUACAAGAAAGCCGUGGCAGAAGGAACUGAUGUGCGAUCUAUCGUCAUUAUCAACCCUGGAAAUCCCACUGGUUCCAGUCUGCCUGUCGAAGAUGUGAAGGCUGUCAUUGAGUUUGCUGCUCAAGAGAAGCUAGUGAUCAUGGCAGAUGAAGUCUACCAGACGAACGUCUUCAUGGGCAAAUUCAGCAGCUUCAAGGGUGUCUUGAGAGAUAUGCAGAAAGAGGAUCCGGAGAAGUACAAGUAUGUCGAGCUUGCUUCGCUGCACAGUAUCUCGAAGGGAAUGGUUGGCGAAUGUGGUCACCGAGGAGGAUAUUUCGAGCUUUGUGGCUUUGAUCCUGAAGUUCAAGAGCAGAUUUACAAGUUCGUCUCUAUCAGCUUGUGUGCGCCAGUGAUUGGACAAUGCCUGGUAGAAAUGAUGGUCAACCCACCAAAGCCAGGACACCCCAGCUACGAGCUUUACAAGCAGGAGUGGGAUGGCAUUUUCAGUGGUCUGCAAAAGAGAGCUACUGCUUUGUGGGAAGCUUUCAAGGAGAUGGAGGGUGUUGAAUGUGGUACUCCUCAGGGAUCUAUGUAUCUCUUUCCCACCAUAAGCUUACCACCAAAGGCCGUUGAAGCCGCGAAGAAGGAAGGUCGCACUGCAGACGAAUUCUAUGCCUCUCGUCUCCUCGACGCCACUGGAGUCUGUGUUGUUCCCGGUUCUGGCUUUGGUCAAAAGGAGAACACCCUCCAUUUCCGAACCACCUUCUUGGCCCCUGGUACGGAAUGGGUUGGAAGCAUCGCAAAGUUCCACAAGGAAUUCAUGGAUGAGUUCAGAUGAGCUCGCUUGGAUAUGGUUGAUGAUGUGCGUUGAAUACCCUUCGAGAUCUCUUUGGUGGGAAAAUAAAAUGGAGUUUGGUGGAUAGACCUGAAGGCUAGAUGAAUGGCCAGGCUUACAUAGAACGGUUCUCUUGUCCAAAAUAUUGGGAUAUUUGCGGAAUGCAAGGGCUUUUCCACUCCUCGCAACAUUGUGGCUACCUGGGCACUCAUCCAUCACGAGUCAUGUGACCGACCAAAUUCCCCUUUUGUUCUACGGGCACUUGGCAUCUUCAGCAUUCCCAGCGAGAAAUGUUUGUUGUCAGCUUAUUCUACGAAGGAGGGUAUGAUCUGUCCAACAGAAUGAAUCAUGAUGGGGCAGGGCAGGUGAGUACACGGCAUGACAGGUGUGACGAUGAUACAGUCGCUUCCAUGUUGUCCUAC